AAAAGAGGGAAAGCUAUAUAUUUUCUCUCUUUUUCUUUCCUCAUUUUCCUUCCCCGGCCAGAAAAACGGAGAGGACGAAAACCCCCUUAUACAUAGAUCUUUGUUUUCUCCUAACCCCGCAACCAGACUGCAGAAAACUGGUAAAAUUUGAAAAACCCCGGAGGAUCAUAAACCCCGAAUUCCAAUCAAAAUCAGUAAUCUAGUUAUCUCUCUCUCUCUCAUAUACAAAAGUAUCCAUUUGAAUAUACAAUUUCAGAGUAACUAAUGGACGAAGGAGAAGGGGGUUUAAGCUUUGAUUUCGAGGGCGGCUUAGACACUGGGCCGACACACCCAACUGCUUCCGUACCAGUAAUGACACAAUCUUCCGAUCACAACAUUGCCGCGGCCGCCGCCCCAAAUGCUAACAUUAACCAGCCGCCUACUGUCUCGGCCCAUGUAGGCGGGGAUGUAGGGUUUGUUGGCAAUCGUCGGAGUUUCAGGCAGACUGUUUGCCGCCACUGGCUGCGGUCACUGUGUAUGAAGGGUGAAGCCUGCGGCUUCCUUCAUCAGUAUGAUAAAUCUCGAAUGCCAAUCUGUCGGUUUUUUAGACUGUAUGGGGAGUGCCGUGAACAGGACUGUGUUUAUAAGCACACAAUUGAGGAUAUCAAGGAAUGCAACAUGUACAAAUUGGGGUUUUGUCCAAAUGGUCCUGAUUGUCGAUAUAGACAUGCAAAGUUGCCUGGACCUCCACCACCAGUGGAAGAAGUUCUUCAGAAAAUUCAGCAUCUGGCGUCCAACAACUAUGGUUACUCAAACAGGUUUUACCAAAACCGGAAUGCUAAUUAUUCAACACAGGCUGAGAAAUCUCAAGCUUCACAAGGACAGAAUGGAAUGGGUCUUGCUGUGAAAUCUACAGCAGCUGAGACACCCAUUAUACAACAGAUCCAGCCUCAUCAACAACAAGUUUUACAGACUCAACAACAGGGUGGCCCAACUCAAACACAAAUUCAUCCCAAUGGCCAGCAAAAUCAAACAGAUAGAACUGCAGUAGUCCUGCCUCAAGGAACCUCUAGGUGUGUAGAGUUUCAAGGUCUUUAAUUAGGUUAUGUAAUCAGUUCAUGUACGUAUAUUAUUUACAAUAAUUUAACAGUCCCCUAUGUCAGCUGUAAUGAGUUCGUCCAGAGCCUUGGGGUCGUAACUAGUUCAACUAGUUUCGUGAUUGUUGUUUUCUAUAUCCACUUGUAUACUGGUUUUCCCUUUGUUUUAUUUUCUGUUCUACUUAGGCAUAGUUUGCAUGUCUGAGGAAUUGAUAUUGACUAUUGUGAUCUUAGUUCAUCAGAGUUCUGCAAUAAAAGAUACAUACUUUUACGGAUAA